UCGCCCUUCCGCAAGUGGGUCUGGAGGGGCAUCGUGGGCGGGGUUCGUGCAACCAGCAAGUACUGGAGAAGCAAAGAUGACGACGUAAGCCAACAAAGGUCCUGUGAGACGAACAGAUCGCGUCAAUUGGUGGCGCAAGGCUUGAUGGUGGUGGUGGUGCCGGGUUGGCAGGGCAGUGGUUCGUCCUGUGACACAAUUACAACAACUUUGUGCUGGUGCUGGUGAAGUUUCUGAUCCUAAGAAAUCUUCCCAGUCGCGAGAGCUUCUGCUUUUCCUGCUGUUCCCGCCUACCCUGCGAUGUGACCCAGUAGCCAAGCUCCGCAGCCUCGCUUCCGUCCUUUUACCAUUACGUUGAGAUUUUUCGUCGCUAUCACCUCAGGUGGGGGAAACGGCGGCGAUAAAGUUUGGUGUGCCAGUCUUAACGCGGAGACGGCAUCUUUUCCAGCUUUGGACUAGGGGUUUGUGGGUUUUAGCUUUGGAGCUUUAAAUUCUUUAGGUUUCCAUGAAAUCCUGCGGAGUGUCCCUGGCUACCACCGCCACAGCUUUCGGCGAUGAAAAGAAAAUGGCGGCGGGAAAAGCGAGCGGCCAAAGGAAGGACGGGUCCCUCAGUUUGACAGCCGAAGAAACGGAGGCACUUGACGGAUUGGACAGCCGUCUGUUUGGGUUCUUGAGACGUCAAGAAGAUGGCGCCAAGACCAAGACCCUCUUGGGCAAGGCUGUUCACUGCUAUGAAUCUUUAAUCUUAAAAGCUGAAGGAAAAGUGGAGUCUGAUUUCUUUUGUCAGUUAGGUCACUUCAACCUCCUAUUAGAAGAUUAUCCAAAAGCAUUAUCUGCAUAUCAGAGAUACUACAGUUUACAAUCUGACUACUGGAAGAAUGCUGCCUUUUUAUAUGGCCUUGGUUUGGUCUACUUCUACUACAAUGCAUUUCACUGGGCAAUUAAAGCAUUUCAAGAAGUGCUUUAUGUUGAGCCCAGCUUUAGUCGAGCCAAGGAAAUUCAUUUACGGCUUGGGCUUAUGUUCAAAGUAAAUACAGACUAUGAAUCUAGUUUAAAGCAUUUUCAUUUAGCUUUGAUUGAUGGUAGUCCCUGUACUUUGUCCAGUGUUGAAAUUCAGUUUCAUAUCGCCCACUUGUAUGAAACCCAGAGGAAAUAUCACACUGCAAAGGAAGCCUAUGAGCAACUUUUACAGACAGAAAACUUACCUGCACAAGUAAAAGCAACUGUUUUACAACAAUUAGGAUGGAUGCAUCAUAAUAUAGAUCUACGGGGAGAUAAAGCAAGUAAGGAAAACUAUGCUAUUCAGUACCUUCAAAAGUCAUUGGAGGCAGAUCCGAAUUCUGGCCAGUCUUGGUAUUUUCUUGGGAGGUGCUAUUCAAGUAUUGGGAAAGUUCAGGAUGCCUUUAUAUCUUAUAGGCAAUCUAUUGAUAAAUCAGAAGCAAGUGCAGAUACAUGGUGUUCAAUAGGUGUUCUCUAUCAGCAACAGAAUCAGCCUAUGGAUGCUUUACAGGCUUAUAUUUGUGCUGUGCAAUUGGACCACAGGCAUGCAGCAGCCUGGAUGGACCUAGGGAGUCUUUAUGAAUCCUGUAAUCAACCUCAGGAUGCCAUUAAAUGCUACUUAAAUGCAACUAGAAGUGAAAGUUGUAGUAAUAUUUCUACACUUGCAGGAAGAAUGAAGUUUUUACAGGCUUAUAAAACUCAUCAUCCAAAUACUGAAUCUGUAUUAGACCUCAGUCAAACACCAAGUUCAGAGCAGUCUUUGCCAGUACAUACAAUUACUUCUACCCAAGUAGAUAGCCUAUCCAGUCCUGCGAAGAGGAAAAGAACAUCUAGCCCAAUAAAGAAUAGUUCUGAGAACCAGAAUAGUCGCCUGAUUGAUUCACAUAUUCCAGUACAGCAAAAAGUUCAUUCAUGCUGUUUGACACCACUGAAAUUACAGCACUUGCAAGAGUUGUGCACAAAUAGAGAUAAUUUAAAUCCAGCACAGAAAGUCAUGCUGGCACAAUUGGAAAAUCAGAUUGUCUUGAUGAAAGAAGUAUCAAUCCUGAGAGCACAAACUCCUGGAAUUCCUAAUGGGCAAAUGGCUGACUCAUUACUGCCUUCAGAAUCUAUCUCUAGCCACCAACCUGCUCUGCCCAGAGUUCCUAGUGUCUCACAGCCUGAAGUUGGCUGUGGUUAUUUUGAAAAGUCUUUGUCCAGUCGACCAUUUUUUGCAGGCUAUCCUCCUUGUGGCACAUCAAAAACACUAGGGAGUACUGACACUCUUUUGGUAGGCAAUCGGCAUAUAACAGGAAGUGGAAGUAAUGGAAAUGUGCCUUUUCUUCAGCAAAACACAUUCACUCUACCUCAUAACUGCACAAACCUGGCCAGCAGUGCAGAAGAGCCAUGGAGAAUUUACCUGUCUAACUCCACUCAGGGGCUUCCAAAAGGUCAGAGUUUACAUUUGGCAGGACAUAGUGAUGAACAACCUACAUUUUCCACUGGGCGUGCCCAGUAUCUUCAGGCAGCUAACGCUGGUAUUCAGAAACUGACUGGACAUCGAACCCUGCCUAGCAAUUUAGUAAUACAGGGUGCUCUUCUCAAUCACCUUUCUUCUCAGAUUGCUACCUCAGGUGGACAACAAGACAUUAUCUUUACCAAAGAGAACAAACCUUCAGGAAAUAUAUCUUUGGUGCCUGAAACAAACAGGCAUGCUGGAGACACACCUAAUGGUGGUGCUAAUGUGAAGGGGCUUUCUUAUGAUGUUGAGCAGUUGAUGGCAGAACCUGUUUGCAGUUUUAACCAUGGAGAUUGCUCAUCACCAAAUUUAAUAAUUUCAGACAAUCCUCAGAUCUCUGCCUUGCUAAUUGGAAAAGCUAAUGACAGUGUGGGGCCUGGAGCCUGUAACAUAGUCAGUAAUAUUCCCCCAGCUAUUUAUACAAAGACUAAUAACUCUGGUGCCUCUUCACCCUUUUCAGCCAUUUGCACCUCAACAUCUUCUCCAAAAUCCACUGAACAGACAACCAUAUACAGUUUUACCAACCUUAACAGUCCUCAUAGUAUGUUAAACAGAAUUAAUGGAGAAGGGCUAGAGGACUCACAGAGCUCUAAAAAAACAGACUUGUCUAUAAUUAGACGCCAGCCUGGUCCUCAAAUCAUACCAUCGAUGUCUGUGUCCAUAUAUCCAAGUUCCACAGAAGUUCUGAAAACAUGCAGGAAUCUGAGUAAAAAUGGCUUGUCUAAUAGUCAAAUUUUGUUGGAUAAAUGUCCACCUCCAAGACCACCAACUUCACCAUAUCCUCCUUUGCCAAAGGACAAGUUGAAUCCACCUACACCUAGUAUUUAUUUGGAAAAUAAACGUGAUGCUUUCUUUCCUCCAUUACAUCAAUUUUGCACAAAUCCAAAACACCCUGUUACAGUAAUACGUGGCCUUGCUGGAGCUCUUAAAUUAGAUCUUGGGCUUUUCUCUACCAAAACAUUGGUAGAAGCUAAUAAUGAACAUACAGUAGAGGUGAGGACACAGUUGUUGCAACCAGCAGAUGAAAACUGGGAUCCUACUGGAACAAAGAAAAUCUGGCGUUGUGAAAAUAAUAGAUCUCAUACUACAAUUGCCAAGUAUGCACAGUACCAGGCCUCCUCUUUCCAAGAAUCAUUAAGAGAAGAAAAUGAGAAAAGAACACAACAUAAGGAAUGUUCAGACAAUGUAUCCACGUCUUCAAAUUCUUCUGAAAGGAGAAGGAGAGGACCUUUUAAAACUAUAAAAUUUGGGACCAACAUUGACCUUUCUGAUGAGAAAAAGUGGAAAUUGCAGCUACGUGAGCUGACUAAGCUGCCUGCUUUCGUGCGUGUCAUAUCAGCAGGAAAUCUUCUAAGCCACCUUGGUCAUACCAUUUUGGGCAUGAAUACAGUUCAGCUCUACAUGAAAGUUCCAGGGAGUCGAACACCAGGUCAUCAAGAAAAUAACAACUUCUGUUCUGUAAACAUAAAUAUUGGUCCAGGUGAUUGUGAGUGGUUUGUUGUUCCUGAAGAUUAUUGGGGUGUUCUGAAUGACUUCUGUGAAAAAAAUAAUUUGAAUUUCCUUAUGAGUUCUUGGUGGCCCAACCUUGAAGAUCUUUAUGAAGCAAAUGUUCCCGUAUAUAGGUUUAUUCAGAGACCAGGAGAUUUGGUCUGGAUAAAUGCAGGCACUGUACAUUGGGUUCAGGCUAUUGGCUGGUGCAACAAUAUUGCUUGGAACGUUGGUCCCCUAACAGCCUGGCAAUAUAAAUUAGCAGUGGAACGGUACGAGUGGAACAAAUUGCAAAGUGUGAAGUCUGUAGUACCCAUGGUUCAUCUUACCUGGAAUAUGGCACGAAAUAUCAAAGUCUCAGAUCCCAAGCUUUUUGAAAUGAUUAAGUAUUGUCUUCUGAAAAUUCUAAAGCAAUGUCAGACAUUGAGGGAAGCUCUUAUUACAGCAGGAAAAAAGGUUAUAUGGCAUGGGCGGACAAAUGAUGAACCAGCACAUUACUGUAUCAUUUGUGAGGUGGAAGUUUUCAAUCUGCUUUUCAUUACUAAGGAAAGCAAUUCUCAAAAGACCUACAUAAUACAUUGCCAAGAUUGUGCAGAAAAAACAAGCAGCAAUCUGGAAAAUUUUGUGGUACUGGAACAGUACAAAAUAGAGGAUCUGAUGCAAGUCUAUGACCAAUUUACAUUAGCUCCUUCAUUAUCACGCUCCUCUUCAUGAUAUUGCCCCAUGAAAAAUAAAUGGCACCUUUUCUGCUCUUCAGGAAAGUUCUGCACCACUAGAUUUGUAGCUGUUAAGUAAGACUAACAGAAACCUAUGUCAAUGGAACUUCUCAAGAACAGAGUCAACCAGCUGGAAGUCAAAGAGUAUUGCCUCUAUUCCAAGACUUUCACAAAGCUGAUCCAGCUAUACUAUACCUGCAAUCACAUUUCAUGAUACCUGAUCAAACUGGCAGUGUCAGACUACUGACUUGAAGACAACCUUUCUGUUUCCUUAUUUCUAAACUGAUUAGUUAGUUUUGUCUGUAUUUUACACUUUCACAGUUUUCCUGGGAAAAAAAUACUUUGUUAGUUGGCCAUUCAUGUGGUAAGCCAGUUAACAGAUUUAAAGACCAACCAUUUUUUAAUGUGAAAAUUAGAUGAGAGUUUUUAUACUGCUUUGUGAUUUUCUGUAUUGUUUUCAGGCUACAAUGAUAAUGUUUUUGUUUCCAAAACAAAACCUUGAAAAAAUUUUAAUAUCCAAAUACCCAAGACACAAAGACAAUAAUAGAUUGCACAGACUACAGAAUACAACUUCAGAUUUGUGAUUUGGUUUAUAAUUUUACACUAUUUAUAAAUACAUAUUUAUCACUUCAAAAUAUUUAAAUGGAAUGCUAUUUUCAUUUGAGAUUUACUUACUAAAUAUUAAGGAGUUCUGUAAUUUAUACACUACUCCUUUUACAUUUUCUAUGUGUAAAUAAAACUGCUUAGCAUUGUACAGAAACUUUUAUUAAAAUUGUUUAAUGUUUGAAGGGUUUUCCACUGUUUGACUUUUAAAGAGAGAUUCUGUUAAAACUAACUUGGUUCAUUUUCAAAUCUGAUUAUAUAUUUAUAUGUACAUAUAUAUGCACACAAAUGUAUAACAUCAAUAUAUAUAGAAAUAUAAAUAUGUAAUUGUAUAAAGAGAAAGCAAACUUGUGUUUUCACAUUUAUGAUAGUUUUUUAGGUGCCUACUGUAAAAUGCUACUUACAAAGGUGUGCUUAUUUUUAAAGUAAUGUC